CAUUCUAAUUCGAGUUUACCUUAGACGCAGGUCGCCUGCGCAAACAAUAUGACGGCAACAUUUUUAAAGAUACCAAUAAUUUUCCUCUUAUAUUUACUUGGAGCGCAUGGACAAGAAGUUAAAGACAGGUACUAUCCACGCUACCACCUAGCACCUCCUAUCGGGUGGAUGAACGAUCCCAACGGAUUUUGUGUGUACAACAACGAAUACCAUCUCUUCUACCAGCACAACCCCAACAGCAGCCUGACGUCGACGCUCGUGCACUGGGGCCACGCCAAGAGCCCCGACCUCGUCAGUUGGGAACACCUCCCCAUCGCCAUGUACCCUGACCAGUCGUACGAUGCAGGUGGAGUUUUUUCUGGAAGUGCGCUUGUUGAAAAUGAUACUAUGCACAUUUACUACACUGGAAAUGUAAUCUUAGAAGGACAAACCCCUGACCAUACCAAUCGCCAAGCUUAUGCCAUAAGCACAGAUGGAGUAACUUUUACUAAAUACGCUGGUAACCCGAUAAUUCCCGGUGACGACCGUCAGCCAAAUUUCCGCGAUCCCAAAGUUUGGAAACACGAAGAUACGUACUACAUGGUCUUGGGAAAUUCCUACAAUAACGACAGCUUAGGUCGCAUUCUCCUGUACUCAUCUACCGACAAGGUAAAUUGGAUCGAAGUAUCCAUUCUCGAUCAAUCUAACGGCUCCCUUGGUUAUAUGUGGGAAUGUCCUGAUUUCUUCGAGCUCGACGGGAAAUAUGUGCUUCUGUUUUCACCUCAAGGCGUUGCAGCCCAGGGGGAUAAAUACAAAAACUUGUACCAAACGGGUUAUAUACUUGGGGAUUUUGAUUACUCGACUCUUAAAUUUACUCCAACAUCCGAAUUUAAGGAGCUCGAUCACGGUCACGAUGUGUACGCAACUCAGACUUUGCUGGACAACCGUGGUCGUAGAAUUGUAAUUGCUUGGUUUGACAUGUGGGACCAGAAUUACCCGGAACGGUACGAUGGAUUUACUGGAAUCAUGACCUUACCUAGGGAAUUGAAGCUUUCCUCUGAUGGGACUAUUAUACAGAAACCAGUAGAAGAAAUGUCUAGAGCAGAAGGGCGCAAUUUGAUACCUGGCAGAGGCCGCAGAGGAAGCUCGAGAACUUAUACUCUACGAAACAAGGCCGGAGAAAUUAAGGUUCGUGCUGAUGCGUCCAAUAACCUUAAAUUGUACAUCGAGUCGGGUUCUGUUCGCGUGACUCUUUCAUAUGAUGCAACCAAUGGGCAGGUGACGCUCGACCGCGGGGGCACCGACGGUGUUCGUCGUACGGAAUGGAAACCUUCAGGGCAGCUGAAAUGGAGAAUCUUUGUGGAUGCGAGCUCUAUUGAGCUGUUUUGUGGAGAAGGUGAGGUCACUUUCUCGAGCCGAUUCUUCCCUGACGGUCCUAUCACAGUUCGCUUGGGACAGCUGUCUAGGGCUGAGCAUGUCAGCGUCCACGAGAUAGUGCGCACUGUUCCUCACGGUGGCCAAGAUCACGAGAGAUGGCAUGUGUGUGUCGGCGGCUAAUGUGUAUUUUGUGUGCAAAUAUCGCUGGUGUAUUUAUAAAUAUGAAACCGUACCCAAAGAAAUGUAGCAACUUCUUAUUUAUAUAGUAAAAGUAUUAUGAUAGAUUAGAUACUACAUACUAGUAGAUAUAGUUAUUAAUAUUUCUGUUUGAAAUAAACAAAUUUUAAACUUAAAUUAUUCAGUUGAUUAGCGAUAAAUAAAUAAACAAAUCAA